AAUAUAGGAUACCAGAGCUAUAUCUUAACCACUUCCAUUGCCUAUUUUCAUCAGCUACAUAACUCAGCUAAUUAGCCAGCAAUGGAUCUGAACAUGGUAGACAAAAGUAUAGCUGUGCUUAGAGAAACAUUCUCAACUGGCAAAACCAGAAGCCUUGCGUGGAGGAAAACGCAGCUCAGGGCCUUGAUCAAGCUUGUCCGUGACAACGAAGAGGAAAUUUUUAAAGCACUUCAUCAAGAUCUGGGAAAGCACCCUGUGGAAGCUUACAGGGAUGAGGUUGGAGUGGUGCUAAAAUCAGCUGACUAUUCUUUGAACCGCGUGCAGAAAUGGAUGGCUCCUAGGAAGGGUGAUAUACCUCUUCUUUUCUUCCCUGCAAAUGGAGAAGUGAUGCCAGAGCCAUUUGGCGUAGUUCUGAUUUUCGUGUCUUGGAAUUUCCCUAUCUCACUCGCAUUGGAUCCUUUAAUAGGAGCAAUAUCUGCUGGGAACACUGUGAUUGUGAAACCUUCAGAGAUAGCACAAAACUGCUCUUCUUUUCUGGCUAAUACCAUCCCAAAAUACUUGGAUACUGAAGCCAUUAAAGUUAUUGAGGGUGGAGUAGAUGUUUCCGAACAGCUUCUGCAGCAGAAGUGGGACAAGAUUUUCUUUACUGGUAGUCAACGCGUAGGGCGCAUUGUAUUGACAGCAGCUGCAAAGCAUUUAACACCAGUUACUCUGGAGUUGGGCGGGAAAUGUCCUGCAAUCCUGGACGCCAAGUCCAUUUCUUCCGAUAUGAAGGUGGUAGCUAAAAGAAUUGCAGGAGGGAAGUGGGGGCCCUGCUGUGGACAGGCAUGCAUUAGCAUAGAUUAUGUGCUUGUAGAAGACAACUACUCUGAAUAUUUGAUAGACUCGUUGAGAAGGAUUAUCAGAAAAUUUUAUGGUGAAAAACCAGAAGAAUCAAUAAGCCUAAGCAGAAUUGUGAACAGGAACAAUUUUGACAGGUUAUCCAGACUUAUGAGCGAUCCUCUUGUUGCAAAUUCCAUUGUUCAUGGCGGUUCAACAAAUGAAGAAAAACUGUUCAUCGAACCAACGCUCCUGUUAAAUCCUCCACUGGAUUCAGAGAUCAUGACAGAAGAAAUCUUCGGCCCCUUGCUUCCAAUUAUCACAUUGAAGAACAUUCAAGAAAGCAUCGGAUUCAUAAAAUCCAGGCCAAAACCUCUAGUGAUUUAUGCCUUCACCCAGAAUGAAACAUUCAAGAAACAAAUUUUAACAGAGACAUCCUCAGGAGGGGUGGUUUUCAACGACACAAUGAUUCAUUUUAUAUGUGAUGAUCUGCCAUUUGGAGGCGUUGGGCAAAGUGGAUUGGGAAGGUACCAUGGGAAGUAUUCAUUUGAGACUUUCAGCCAUGAAAAAGCAGUUCUGCAUAGAAGGUUCUUCCCUGAGAUAGAGCCAAGGUAUCCUCCAUGGAAUAGUUUUAAGCUUCAAUUUCUCAAAGCGGCUUACAGCUUUAACUAUUUUGGAAUUUUGUUGAUGCUGCUUGGACUUAAAAAGGAGAAUUAGCGUCACAUUCACGGUGCUUUUCUCUACUUUAUUUAUUACUCGAAUGAUGUUUCCAAGGAAAAGGAAACGGUGAUAUUAAUGUUUUCAUGGUGACAACACUCUUGUUUGGAAAACUCGUGAAGAACGAAAUAAUGAAUAUUUUCCUGCUUUAUUUUA